AUGGCACAACGGGAACCGGGCUCCAAAGCAUUUGGCAAGCCAUCAGGGUCUAUCAAUGCCCCCAUCGCAGCGUUCACAAUGGCUGUCAUCCUUUGUUCAUACUGUUUCAGUUCAAUCCGCACAGCCCGACAAAAUGCCCAGACUCAAGCCUCUACAGGAACUAGUCUCCAGCGGCCUGUGCCUGCUGAGAGAAAAGACGAGUCUUGGGUACAACAAGCCCUUAAGGAAAGUCGAGGUCAGAAUGGUGGGCGGGGAAAAUGA